GCUACCACGCGGUCGGUGGAGUUCGCCUUUGAGCUUGUGUGCAGCACUGGAGUAGUUGGACUUGAAGCUUCAGCUUGCGGUUCAUUUCAGGCAGCGAAGUUAGUUCGGCGAGAACUUUUGCGUCGGAAGGAUCAAAAGCUAAAAAGAGUGCGACUUGAUAAAACUUGACGCGAGACUAAUUUAAUUAAUUGAAUUACACCACUAAUUUGCAAAGAUAAAAAAAACAUAACUUAGUUUCAAAAAAAAUUUGAAAAUGAAUGUGAAAACUGCGUUUUUAAUAAUUUUGUGUUUAAAUUUUGGAUUUUCUGGCGCAAUUAAAUGGUUAUCUUUGCAAAACUCGCAUCUCGUUUGGAAUCACGGCGUAGGUGGAAUGGGAGGCAGUGUUAGCGGAGGGUCAGAGGGAGGCGGCGGUCGAGGCAUACGGUCGGGCGUCAAGUCGCCGUGCUCGAUCGCGCGCCGUCGCUACGGGCUGGCCAAAUUGCAGACGAAAUUAUGCAGGAGCUCGAUGGACGCGAUGCCCUACGUGCAGGCGGCGGCGGCACUUGCCGCCGAGACGUGCAAGGCGAUGUUCAGCGACCGCCGCUGGAAUUGCACCUCCAUCGACACGGCGCCUUUCCUCACACCGGACCUCACCAGAGCGACGCGCGAGCAGGCCUACGUGUACGCCAUCAGUUCGGCGGCCAUCACCUAUACAAUGGCGCGGGCGUGCGCCAGCGGCAACCUCUACCAGUGUGCGUGUGCCGUGCCGCCGCGCGAGCCCCCCAUGGGCAACUUCAAGUGGGGCGGCUGUGGCGACAACAUCAAGUGGGGCAUGCACUUCGCCAAGCGCUUCGUCGAUACCAUCGAAAAGCAGAAUGCACGGAAACCGCCCGAUGGUGAACCGGAAGAUAAAAAGAUCUCCGCCAAGAUGCGUACUUACACGGCGGCGGUAAAUUUACACAACAAUAAAAUUGGCCGAAAGGUAAUAGGUGAAAGCUUAUCGACGCAAUGUAAAUGCCACGGUGUUUCCGGUUCCUGCAGCAUUAAAACGUGCUGGCGGGCGAUUCCGGAUUUGCGAGCGGUUGGAGAGCGUCUCUUGAGACGGUUCACGAACGCUAAAGAGAUACAAAAGUCCUACAUGGUGUUCGAGAAUGAUAUACCGGAAGUACCGGUUCGGCGUUCAGUCUCGGAUCAAUUGGUGUUCCUAACCAAGUCGCCGGACUACUGCACGAAGGACGAACGUCUGGGCAGUAUCGGAACCACUGGCCGAACAUGCAACGUGACAUCGAACGGCACAGAUAGCUGCCGUCAACUGUGUUGCGGUCGCGGUUAUCGCACAGUCGUCGAAGAAAAGAUCGAAAGAUGCCAGUGCAAAUACUACUACUGUUGCUAUGUCAAGUGCAAGACGUGCAGGUCGCUCACGCAGCGACACGAAUGCAGUUAAUUACUUCAUGCACCUUUCAUUCAACUUUUCUCCACUGAAAUUAAGUCGCGCUUAAUAAUCACUCUCGAUAUAUUGUAAUGCGCGGCAGGCGGUGGCGGCAUCGGGUUCGAUAAUGUGCGAAUUAUUUUGUCGUUAGCAACCACGCAACACGCGCAGACGUUUUUCCUAAACGAGUACAAACUUAUUUAUUAUUUUUUGGUUGCGCUUGAAGAUGUCAACAGAAAAAGAUUAAUCUAAAGUUAAUGCGCGAUUAAUAGCGGCUUACCGAAAGUAAUCAGAAGGAAAACUUUCACUGAAAAAAGUAAUGGCGGAACCUAAGUGUAUGCAACCAAGGGAAUAAGUUUUAAGUAACAUUGCGGACGCCCAAAAAUUAUGCAAACUAAGUGUCGUUUUUUUCUUCAUUCAAGCACAACCAAAAAUAUAGUCCCUUAGAUACUUACUCGGUAGUGGCUUUCCUUAUCUUACUGUAAAUAUCUCAUAAUUGUAUCCACAUUGUAAAUAUUCACGU